AUGCUUUUAUUAAGAAACAAUUUAUGUCGCGCUUCUUUGGUUGGCAGAGUUUCAACUACCAGGUCUUAUGUAUCUAUGAACGCAAAUGGAUCUUCUGUAAAGUUUGAACGUCUUCCUCCUGGUUUUGGCAGGACAACACCAUUUAAUUUAUUUGUAAAAGAAAAUUUCGCAUUAGGAAAAAAUGAAGUUCCUACCCAAAUUUUCGUUAAUCUUACAAAACAGUGGAGGAAUUUGGGUGAUGAUGAAAAGAAGAAAUAUGUCGAUAAAGCGGUGCAACUGAAUGAGGAGAAAAAAUUGGAAUUCGAAUCUUUGAGUGAUGGGGAAAAGGAGGAACUUUUUAAACGUGCUCAAGCUUCGAAGGAAGCCCGUUUAAAACGGAAAAUACGCUUGGAAAGGAGAAAGGCAUGUUUUUUCAUGUAUGAAGAGCGAGAAUGUGACAGCCAACGAACAAUAUCAGGUUGGAUGCUCUUUGUGAAAGAAAAAGCUAUUAAAGGAAUUGCAGAUCCUAGUAAAAAGCAGCAAGACAUCAUUAAGGAAUUGGCAAUUGUUUGGAAAUCACUUCCGGAAUCAGAGAGACUUGCAUACAACGAACGAGCCAAAAAUCUCAAAAGUCAUUAA